GGGCCCCAGGAACCAGCCCGGGCUUCUGUCCCAGAGGCUGUGGCGGCCCCCGGGGGACAGCAGCGAGCGGACUCCGGAGGAGGCGACAUGGCCAUUGCCUCGGAAGAUGGAUUUUACCACAGCUACAACUCCAUGUCCAAAACUCCAAACAGCCCUCCACCAGAUGAACGGGGCCCCUUGCUUGAGGGCCAUCCGGGAGGCCAUUAUAGCUCCCCCAAGCCUCAUGAUCGCUACCACGGGGCCUACAUCAUCUUCUUCAGCCUGGGAAUUGGCUCCUUGCUACCCUGGAACUUCUUUGUCACUGCAAAGGAAUACUGGAUGUACAAACUGCAGAACUGCUCUUCCCAGGGAGCUUCAGACAUUCAGAACUAUUUUGAGAGUUACAUCUCCAUCGCCUCAACAGUGCCCUCUGUUCUGUGCCUCAUAGGGAACUUCCUGUUAGUCAACAGGGUCUCGGUCCAUGUUCGAGUCUUGACCUCCUUAUCCAUUCUGCUGGUGGUAUUCGUGUUGAUAACGGUACUAGUGAAAGUGGACACCUCCUCGUGGACUUUUUCCUUCUUUGUCAUCACCAUCAUCUGCAUGGUGGUCCUCAGUGGAACUGCCACCAUCUUCAACAGCAGUGUCUUUGGCCUUGCGGCCUCCUUCCCCAUGAGGAAUUCUCAGGCUCUGAUAUCAGGUGGGGCCAUGGGUGGAACCAUCAGUGCCGUGGCCUCAUUGGUGGAUCUGGCAGCAUCCAAAGAUGUGACGGACUGUGCCCUGGCUUUCUUUCUGAUAGCAGACAUCUUCAUCGUGAUCUGCAUUGGGUUGUAUCUGAUCCUUCCCAAGCUCGAGUAUGCCAGGUAUUACAUGAAACCAGCUGAGCCAAGUCGUGCAUUUUCAGGUGGUUCCUUUAGUGAAGAGGAGCAGCCUUCAAGCCUCCUCAAGUUUCCACCACAGAUGAGUAGGACAAUGGACCCAAGCAUUCCACCUCUUCCCUUUAUCCUGAAGAAGACAGCCAUGCUGGGCUUCUGUGUUGUCUAUGUCUUCUUCAUCUCCAUCAUCAUUUUCCCUGCCCUUUCCUCCAAUAUCGAGUCAGUCAACAAGAGUUCUGGAUCUCUGUGGACCAACAAGUUCUUUGUCCCCCUCACCAGCUUCCUCCUAAACAAUGUUGCUGACUUGUGUGGCCGGCAGAUCCCUGCCUGGAUUCAGGUUCCAGGGCCUAAAAGCAAACUCUUCCCUGCACUAGUUCUCCUAAGGACAUUUUUUAUUCCCCUUUUCAUCUUCUGUAACUAUCAGCCACGGCAUCACCUGGACAAGGUAUUCUUUAAUUCUGAUAUAUAUCCAUGCAUCUUUAUCUCACUCUUGGGAUUCAGCAAUGGCUACCUCAGUACCUUGGCACUAAUAUAUGGUCCCAGGAUCAUGCCCAAGGAGCUGGCCGAGGCUACUGGGGUGCUGAUGUCAUUUUACCUGUGUCUGGGUUUAGCCUUGGGGUCAGCCUGCUCUGCCUUGGUGGUCCAUCUCAUCUAGGAAGACAGAAAAAGGUGGCAGCCUUUGUGCCACCUUGGCCCUUGAAGACAUCUCAAGAGCAAAGCAAAAUGUCAUGGGAAGUAACAGGUAGGGUACCCAGGGUGCCCUGGAGAAGGUACUCUGAGACUUCUGUAAGGAGCCUUUUGAAGAAGAGAAAGGUCCAUUAGUCAAUCAUGGACCAUAGAUUGAUUUCUGUUGCCUGCUAUUUUGGAGAGAACCAAAGGAAGCAGAAGACCUGGCUGCACUCAAGCAACUGGAAGGCUAAAUGAGGAAAUAAAGAUAUGUCCAGACAUGCAAGGAACAUAUAGUCUUCUUAAAGAAGCAUUAUCCAGUAGACAUUUGAACCUGACUAAAAGAAGGGUCUGGGUACUGAACGGAAGGCCAGCAUUAGAGUCAGGAAAACCCACUGUUGAUACACACUAGCUGUGCUGCUGUGGUCAGAUCUCUUCCUCUCUGCAUGAGCCAGGCAACUCUGUAAGACUCAAGGUUGCAGACGAGUUGUCAAGCUGCAUCCACUGGAGGGCAUUUCCACUCUGGGAUUUCCCCAAAUUGGUGAAAUCACAGGCCCAGGACAAAACAAGACAUUCUGCCUUUAAGUAUAUUCCUUAUUUGCAAUGGGUCUAACAAUUCUAUUUUUUAAUAGUUGGGGACUGGCUUCUUGCUCUUCCUAUGCAGUCAUUCAACCUCUUACUUGUGUAGUUUGUGCCAAAAACCUCCCAAAACCUCUUUAUACUAAGAUUGAGUUCCUUGGUGGAGCCUUAAAGCUUUAUCUCUCCCUGGAAUGUAGAGAUAGAAUUUUUGGCUGCUUGCUGGAUAGCUGUGGGUUCUCUCUACAAUUCUCUUCAACCCUGAAGGAUUGUUCUUCGGAUGACUCUUGGCUAGAAGAGCAGUCUUCAGAUAGCCCUUGAAUUCCAGAAGACACCUUCACAUUCAGUUAGGAAGAUGCGUAGGAUAUAUUAUCAUAAAUCAAGGCCUGGGAGGGACCUUAGAUAUUAUUUACUCCAAUCCUCUCAUUUUACAAAUGAGGAAACUGAGUCACAGAGCAGCAGAGGUCACACAAGUAUUAAUAGGAGACAUUUGUAUAAUGCUUUAAAUUUCACGAGCACUUUAUAUUGUCUCGUUUGCACCUAAAAACAGUCCUAUGGUGCGGGUAUUAUCCCCAUUCCUCAGAUGCUUGCUAAGCCUGAGGCUUAGCAAGGACCCAUGAGCAUGUAGCUGGUAAGUGUCAGGCAAGAUUUGAACCUAGUCUUCUCAACCCCCACAUUCAAUGCUUUAUCCGUUCUGACAUGCUACUGACUCCAAAUAUGGUGCUCUUAACACUACACCAGGGAUUCUUAACCUUUUUUCUGUCCUGGACCCCUUUGGCAGCCCACCAAAGCCUGGGGACCCUUUCUCAGAAUAAGGUCUGUAAGUGAAUAAAAUAAAAUGCAUAGAUGACAAAGGGAACCAAUUAUAUCAAAAUAUAAUCGUCAAAGUCCAUGGACCUCAGUUUAAGAACCCCUUGGGCUGUAUCAUGGGGUUCCCCUCUAUGUAUGAAUCAAAAACUAUGUAUUACAUGCAGCAUUUUUUCAGCAUGAAUAUAAGCCUAACUUUCUCUGUUUUGCUCAAAAUUUCCCUGACCCCCUCCAUACUGGACCUUGGGACCAACAAUGAUGAUUCCAUUAUAGCCCAGAAGUGAUCCAUAGCCAGGUUAGCUUGGGGAACUCCAUUCUACAACAUGCCACCUUCUGUCUUAUGAAAUUGUCACAGAUGAUAUUGUUGGACUUAACACAAAGCGUAUUGGGAAUCAGGAGCACUGGAAGACUGGGGGCUUGGGAGCAAGUUCUCAGGAGAAGAAGGGGCAAAUGGGGAGACACACUGAGGGAAAUGAAAAGGGCCCUGGGUGACCAUGGGAAAGUCACUCAACCCCUAUGAGCUCCAGUUUCCUUAAACAGAAAAUACAAUACCUACCUCAUGAGAUCGUUGUGAAGAAAGUGAGUUUUCAAACACUAAGCCACUUAACAAAGGUACACGACUACAUUGAGAUCAUGCCAUAUGAGCAUCAUUUGGAAGAAUGAGGGGUGUUCACUCUGGAGAAGGGAAGAUGAAAGGGGGAGAUAGUAGCUCUCUUCAAGAAUUUGAAAGAUUGUCACAUGGAAGAAAGGUUAGACUUGUUAUCGCUUGCCCCUGGAGGACAGAUCUAGGAGCGUCAGGUGGGGAUUUCCGAGAGGCCAAAUUAGGUUUGAUUCAAGGAAGAGUUUCCUAACAAUUAGAGCCAUCCCCAAAGUAGAACUGGCCAUCUAGAAAGGGGGUUUAGUUCUGGCUUAAUGAUGGUCUCUAAGCAAAGGCUACUUGUGGUAGAGUUGGUCAGCUUGGGCGAAUGGACCCGAGACCACUUUCAACUCUGAGAUUCUCUGACUUCUGCCUCCAACAACCAACUGAAAAGGACCUUCCUCCUGCAUUACUGUGAGCUUAGGCAGUAAUUUGUCUCAUCUCACUGAGUGUCUCAUAUGGAUUUACAGAUAUCCAAGAGUGGUCCAGAAUGGUCCUUGGGGACUCUAUGGCGGGGUGGAGGGGUGGAACUCUUGUACUGUUGCCAUUUAUAACAUGACAAUGUCCAUACAUUUGUUUCAGGGACCAACUAAUACUUGUAUAUUUAAUGGGAACUAGGUGGUAUGCCACUGGUAUCCCACCUCAAAGAGGGCUUGUCAU